ACCCUAAUUUCAAUCCACCUCUCACACUCUCACACUCUCACCCGCAAUAACAUGCUUCUGUAAUUCUUACGUCACACGCAUUUGACCUCCGCAGAUGCGAAGCUAUGUCUCUGGAAGCUUCGCUUGAACGACGAAAGCAGUCCCAAGCUCCUGUGACUGGCAAUGGAAAUGGCGUCGUCUCGUCCAGCGCACCUUCCUUCUCAACUCACAGGCUUCGUCUCCAGCCAAAGGAAGAUCACAAGUCGGAGACCUACGAGGACCUGCAAUUGGAAUUUAGCCCCCUCCUCUUUAGUAUGCUGGAAAGGCACUUGCCUCCGAGCAUGCUCAAUGUGGCACGCGACCUUAAGCUUCAGUACAUGAGGGACAUUCUACUCCGAUAUGCUCCAGAGGGUGAACGCAACCGAGUUCAGAGGCAUAGAGAAUACCGACAAAAGAUAAUAUCAAAUUAUCAGCCAUUACACAGGGAGCUUUACAGCAUGCAUGCUGCAAACUUCUUUGUCCCUUCUUUUCUCAAAGCUAUCAAUGAGAAUUCAGAGGAGAGCUUUAGACGCAUCAUGUCUGAACCCUCUCCAGGAAUAUAUAAAUUUGAAAUGCUUCAGCCACAAUUUUGCGAGAAGCUAUUAUCUGAGGUGGAAAGUUUUGAAAGAUGGGUUCACGAGACAAAAUUCAGAAUCAUGCGACCAAACACAAUGAACAAAUAUGGUGCUGUUCUUGAUGAUUUUGGUUUGGAGACCAUGCUUGAUAAGUUGAUGGAUGAUUUUAUCCGUCCUAUAUCCAGAGUUUUCUUUUCAGAAGUUGGAGGAGGCACAUUGGACUCUCAUCACGGCUUUGUUGUAGAAUAUGGAAUUGAUAGAGACGUCGAACUUGGUUUUCAUGUGGAUGACUCGGAAGUCACGUUGAAUGUUUGCUUGGGUAAACAAUUUUCUGGUGGUGAACUAUUCUUUCGUGGCAUCCGAUGUGACAAACAUGUUAAUACGGAGACUCAAUCAGAGGAAAUCUUUGACUAUUUCCACGUUCCUGGGCAUGCGGUUCUUCAUCGUGGUCGUCAUCGGCAUGGUGCUAGAGCCACAACAUCUGGGCGUCGGGUCAACUUACUUUUGUGGUGCAGAAGUUCUGUAUUCAGAGAGUUGAAAAAAUACCAGAAAGAUUUCUCCAGCUGGUGUGGAGAGUGCCAACGUGAGAAGAGAGAAAGGCAGCUCAUUUCAAUCGAUGCAACAAAGCAGGAGUUACUUAAAAGGGAAGUAAAAUCUCCUCCUUGAGCCUGCUAUGUUGAAAACUAUGGUCGAGGAAGAGCUGUAAAUUUUAACCAAAUACGAAGGAUGUUCAUCAAAUGAAGUCUCUCUGCUGUAUUAAUGCUUUCGCCAUGUGCACAGGUAAUGGAUGUCCUGUAUUAUUUAUUGUGCUGCAUUACAUUUUGCAGGUGUAGCUGUACAUUUGAAAUGUUGUUGAUAGGUGGAAUUAAUUUAACCAAUUAGAAAUUCGUUUGUGCCGAAUUGGAGUGAAUUAACUUGUAUCUUUAGCCCCUACUUUCUAUAUAUAGAAUUGAAUAUUCUGUUCA